AUGUCCUCGCCAGAACACCACCAUCGAAAAAAGAGAGCAGGCAAGGCCUGUGACUCUUGUCGUAUAAAGAAAACAAAAUGUGACGGCCGCAAACCGUGUCUGCGUUGUAUCGCCGAUAACAGAAUAUGUGCUUAUAGUGAUAAACGGAAAAGCAAGGAAAAAGCUCAUCCUCCUGGCUACGUGGAGUUGCUCGAGACUCGGGUCGAGCUUCUCACUCGCCUGCUUGAAAAGAUGGUCCACUUGCUGGAAUCCCACUUGCCAUGGCUCAGCUCGCUUAUGGCUCGUGCCCGGGCCGACCACUCGAGGCUUCUGCCUGGGGAGCAUCCUGACAAUGAUCUAAAAGACGACUAUGUGCCGAUUAACGAGGUGGUCCACCACCUUAUUGCCGAACAUGGCAUUCUCGAUAACAUGCCCGUGGAAUGGGACCACAACGCCAUGGAUUUACCUCCAGAGGUGUUUAGCGCCGAGGAAGACGACUGUGUUACGUCUCUCGACCACGACAACCCACAUGCUCUGGGCCACAGACGUAUGGGUCGCCAUUCUCGCCUGGCGCUGGACCGUUCAGGCCGUUCCACGCUGAGUUCAAGACGAGGCUCGAGAAAUACAAUGAACCAUACGCCUUCAAUCACCGAGCAGCUCAAUAUGGACGGUAUAUCCUUGGCAGGAUAUAGCAAUACCAGCAUGCCUCCAAGCUUAUUCAGACAAGACACGAGCCCGCUAUUUGCUCGUGCAGAAAUGCUUGACCGCCGCCCCAGUGGCCAGUUUCUUGCUUCCCACAUGGAAAUGGCAGCGUCCAGUCUGCUGCUGCUGUUGGCACUGUUGGCAGCUCGCCUCGAGAACCACGACAUUGGCCCUAAUUCUCCACCAGGUCUACUUCUGGCGCUGGCGCUGGCUCUGGCUUCUGGUAUGACUCCAACCACUCUGCUCCUGGGCCAAAGCGAAUCCACCCUUCCCUCCCUGGCAGUCCUGGCCACGCCCCAACCUACCUACCAGCCUGGCUCCCUCCGGCGCCAUACCUCUUUGAACGACCAUGCAUUCCGUCUGCGUCCUACUGACCAUAUCCAUAAACCAAAGACACAUCCACAUAUACCUACACGCCAGGAUCCUACGGGUGCUUCUACUGGUGCCGCUGCAGCGUCCAAUCCUACAGCCACUUCGUUCCCCAAUGCAUCGCUCAUGCUUUCACCAGCCCAUUCAUUCAGCGUCGGUUUCCAACUGCCUGAGGUUGAUGAUUUCGCAGCCUUCCCAUUCUCUGACGAUCCAACUUAUCCUGACAUAGACGACACAUGGCGGGGGCUCUCCAGCUUCCGGCCUGACUCCACCGCCGGCACAGAGGGCCUGCUGGUGUAG